GUUAAAAGCUGCGUCGUUGAAAAUAUAAUCUUUUUUGUAUGAUGUCGUUUACGCAGAGAGCACAGUUUCAUUGUCUUUUCUUUAUCAUAUGCAUCACUCAAUGUUUAGCUGAAACUAAAUGGGUAUGGGAUCGAAACUAUAAUUCAGAUCCAUUUAUAACACGUAGGAAUGAUUACAAAAGAGAAUCAUUACCUUAUAGAUAUCCAGAAUAUUUGCAAUAUGAUCGUGAUCGUAUAAGAGAAUUAGAAAGAAUUCGAGAUUUAGAAAGGCAGCGUGAACGUGAUCGUGAGCGACAUCGUGAUCGUGAACCAAUUACAGUUCGCCCAUACACAAGACCAAAUGGGCAAGAAGAUUUUGAUGAAUAUGAUAUCGAUGAUCAAAAAUAUAAUUAUGAUCAAUAUAGACCAGAUUUUACAUCAAGACCAUAUCCUUUACCACCACGUCCCUUACCACCAACCCAAAAUUUCCGUCCAAAUACUCAGGGUGGUGUGUUGAUAGGACCAGGUGGUCCAAGUGGUAUUUUUAGCCGACCAAAUGGUUUCAUCGGAGCUGGAGCAAAUAGACUACCACUAACAAAUGGACUUCCAAAUCCAAAUGAUCUAAGACCAAAUCCAGCUAACGGUGUGCUUGUGGGUCCUGGUGGCCCAACGGGAGUUAUUGGUAGACCCCAAUUUGGAAAUGGUGGCAUCGGUACCGGUUAUCCUGCUAUUCCUCCGAAUGGUCCCGGUUCAAAUUCAUAUGGGCCACAGGUGUUCCCACCAUUACCUCAAGGCAUAAACCCGGGAAGUUUGAGCGGUAUUCGACCACCAAUAGCAGGGCCAGGGGCUGGCAAUCCUGGAGCUUUGUAUCCCAACCAAGGGCAAGGAUUGUAUCCAGGAAAUAGUAUCUAUGGUUACCCAGCUGGAUCAAAUAGUGGUAUAGGUGGUAUCGGAGUUUAUGGUAAUGGUAAUUUAUAUCCAGGGCAGUAUACUACUGGUGCCAUUCAGCAGCAACAACAACAAGGCCAAUAUGGAUUCUAUCCAUCACAAUAUUAUCCUACAGGCCUAUAUGGUCAAAAUAGUGCGGGAAAUAGAUUACCGUAUCCUUAUCCGUACAACAAUGAAAUAGGUAACGACAAUAACAAUAGUAAUAAUAACGGAUAUUAUGCACCAGGUUAUGAUGAAUUUGGAAGAAGUGCUAACAGUGCUAGUAAUACCAAAGAUAAGGACAAAGAUAGUAUAAAAUUCGAAGAUAGAAAAGUUAAAAAGUCAAUCGAUGAUAAAUUGGCUGAAAUUUAAUUAAAUUCAUUUAUUUUUUUAUAUGCGAACUCUUUAAAAAUUAAUUUUAAGAUAUUAAAAUUUAAUACAUUAGCUCGAAUACCAGAAUGUAUGAAUGUGAUUGUACUGAUUUAUAAUAUUUCUUUUAUAUAAUAUAAUAAAUUUAGUAAUAAAAAUAGGAGAAUAAUUU